GUCUCUCCAUUAAAAUUCGGCAAGUAUAACAUAUCAGCCUAAGGGAGGAGAAUCGGGUUUUGAGGCUUGGUGUGCUGCAGGAACUGUCCAGAGCCGCAACACCAUUAACGGCGUCGAGUAUGGGUUCAUUGACAGCCACCGCCACAACGGAAUCGGGAUCCAACAUGGAGCAAUUUCUUUGCGAUCGAUUACUCGACCCAACCCAGCCCAUCUCCGAAAGGUUCAGAGCACUUUUUUCUCUCCGCAACCUUAAAGGCUCCGCUCCUCGUAACGCCCUUAUUCAAGCAAUAAGAGACUCUUCAAAUCUGCUGGCACACGAAGCAGCAUUUGCGUUGGGUCAAAUGCAAGAUUAUGAAGCUAUCCCUGCCUUAACAUCAAUUCUAAAUGAUCUUUCCUUGCAUCCUAUUGUUCGCCAUGAGGCUGCAGAAGCUCUUGGUGCAAUUGGUUUAGAGAGCAGUUUAGCUAUUCUGAAGAAUAGUUUGGCUCUAGAUCCAGCUCAGGAGGUUAAAGAAACUUGUGAACUGGCGCUCAAGCGGAUUGAGGAAAUGAACGCUAAUGGUACUUCUGAUGGGUCAUCUAUGAUUGAAAAAUCACCCUUUAUGUCUGUUGAUCCAGCUGCACCUGCUGCUUCUUGCUCUUCUAUCGAUGAGCUGAGGGCAGCUCUUUUGGAUGAAGAAAAGAGCAUGUACGAGCGCUAUGCUGCACUUUUUGCACUUAGAAAUCAAGGUGGGGAUGAAGCAAUCACAGCUAUAGUUGAAUCUUUGGGUGCUAAAAGUGCUUUGCUUAAGCAUGAGGUUGCUUAUGUCUUGGGCCAAUUGCAGAACAAAGAUGCUUCAGCUGCUCUUAGCAGAAUACUUAGGGAUCAAAACGAGCAUCCAAUGGUUAGACAUGAAGCUGCUGAAGCUCUUGGAUCCAUUGCUGAUGAACAGAGUAUUGCACUUCUUGAGGAAUUUUCAAAGGAUCCAGAGGCUAUUGUAUCACAAAGCUGUGAAGUUGCUCUGAGCAUGCUAGAAUACGAAAGAUCAGGAAAAUCAUUUGAGUACUUAUUUAUGCAAGAUCCUUUAGCGCAAUGUUAAAUUAACCAUAACUCUUCGUGGAACUUCCUUGCCAAUGGAUGAACAAGCUUCAGUUUGCCUUCUCAACACAUUCUUGGGGGAAGUUGGUCUCUGUGGAAUAAUAAGAGCGCUGGAGGAUAACAAAAAAGAACUAGGAGAUAAUUAUACAUAAAGAGAACUGAUAAUUCUCAAUCUACAUUAAUUAAUUCUUAUAAUCUUGUAUUCUAUUAGUGAACUGUUUUGGCAAAACUACUAAGUUAUUUACUUUGGUAUGGCAAUUUUGCGUUAGCGAGAUAA